AGGCACUUUCCACCGCAGUACGAUGACGGAGCAGGAGAGCCGAUCUCUUCGAUCAUAAUAUCACGGCCGACAGCUCGUGAAUCCAAUCGAGUCAUGCUCUCAUCAGCACAAAGUGUUGUUCACGAUAAGUACAAUAAACCUAAUGAUCAACUGGGUCAGUUUAUUCACGACAUAGCCAAGACACACAACAACCAUCAUCAGUGCACAUCGCGUUCAACUGGUGGACAAUCGAAAUGCAUGACGAUUCCUAUCACAGCAAAUGACCCCAACUCA